GCAAACUGGACAGAUAUUUAUAGAGAAGCGGACCCGGAUUCAGCACUUUGCCAUCUUCUUCUCAGCCAGCAGCACAUAGGACCAGGGUCCAUGGCGCUGCGGUGAGCUCGAGUACAAGUGAUGAAUAGUGCGGCCGUGAGCUCCGACGAUUUCCUCGGCAAGGCUCUUCCAUCCAAAUCCCCUCUCUGUUUGUACUUGUUCAUUGCAGAUACUUAUAUGCAUCAGUUCACCCUGAUGGACAAACAAAGCAGUCCAGAACGGUCCGCCAAAGACAAGAACGACCUUUCCAGUAUGGAGCUUCAACUUCUACCCCCUGGCGUUCUGCAGGACAUAUUGUCACGGUUAUCAAUCAAGGAAAUCUUGAGGAUGACCGUACUUUCUCGUGAAUGGAGAAGGAAAGGGAUAUGCCAUCCAGACCUGGUAUUCACCGAAGGGACCUUCUUUUGCAGCAAUACAACCAUGAAUACUCACCGGGCAUCCAGGAAUGCUGAAUUCAUCACCGAAGUCGAUAAUGUGUUGCGCCCACUGUGGUCUACUCCAACUACAACUACCACCAUGUUGGAUAAGUUUGUUGUCAGAUUUAGUCUUGGCAGAAAGUAUAAGAAUCACAUUGAUAGAUGGAUUAGCUUUUCCACUGCAUCAAAGGCCAAGCACAUUGCUCUUGAUCUCAGGCCUGAACCGGCUUGGUUUGCACCUGGUUAUGGCAAGUACAUUGUCCCGCUGUGCAAUCUCAGUGGCCCAAACUGCUCAUGUGUCAAGUCUCUUGAUCUGGGAUACGUGUGUUUAAAGCUGCCCCGAAGUUUCAAUGGUAUCACAAACCUCAAGAAACUCACGCUACAUAUGGUGUCGAUCAGUGUAAAUGAUCUCCGGUGCCUGCUGCUAAGUUGUGCUCUUCUUGAGAGUUUAAACAUUGAGUCGUUGUUAAGCCCAAGGAGGAGCUCCUUGGAAAGUUUAUGCAUACGCCAGGAGUUGCGCCGGUUGCAGUACCUGCUCAUGCACCGGUGUGACCUGCACAUGAUAGAUUUGAAUGCUCCGAAUCUUAUCAAAUUUGAGUUCGACGACUAUAUGAAUAAAGUUGUGCUCCGUGGAUCUUUGAAGUUGUCAGAGGCGACCUUUGCGUCAUACAGAAGAUAUCUUACAGUUGUUCAUGAUGCUUUGGACUGCGUCUUGAACGAGCUUCCAACUGCUCUUGUGCAAAGAUUAUUUCUGCAAUUGGCUCUCGAAACUUCGGUGCGAAGUUCCAGCAAAACCCAGACUAGCUUCAUCAAUUUGACAUAUCUGAACAUCAACCUUCAUAUCUCUGGCUAUCCUCCAGAUAUUAGUUGGGUUAUGGGGUUUGUUAACCUCUUGGAAUUAUCCCCUUUCUUGGAAGAACUGGAACUGCAUAUGCACCCUCAUGGAUAUAUUCAAACUGAUCCAAGGAUAAUGGCAGCCGUGCAAGGACGUCCACUUCGCCAUCUCAGGAGUGUCUACAUGACUGGCUUUUGUAGUCUAUUGGGGGUAGCCGAGCUGGCGCUCUACAUCCUUGGGAAUGCUACUGUGCUUGAACGUAUGGUUGUAGAUUCAGUGGUGAGGAUGAGCUAUGGACAUACAACAGAUCAAUUGUAUUCAGUCUGCAGGGCCAAUGAGUUUGUUCCGCCUAGUCCUGAAGAUCAGGAGAUGUUCGGCAUGAACAGGGCCAGGGAGUAUGCGAAAGAACACCUUGGCAGAGAAGAGUUUAGUCGCAUUCUCACCAUUUUGUGAAUUAAAACGGCAGGGCUGUCUUUCGGUGCCGCUCCUUGGCAAAAAGAGCUAUUUUACAUGACUGGGGUGUUAUGUUAGCCCGUCUUGUGCUCUCUUUGUAACAAAACUUGUUUUAUAUUCUGAAUCCCCAACCCUCUAAUUGUGUCUCUAGAUUAUCAAUAACAUUGUUCAGGCUGGCCUUGGCCUGCCGUUCAUCUUAGCUGAAUGAUUCGGGGUAUGCUUUCCUGUUGCUCUUUCAUUAUCUCUUGUGUAUCCGACAAAAAGUAUUAUUUGUCAGUUCAUCUCA